UUUAUUUCCUUGAUUUCAGGUUAUUCAGGAUGUGUCAACGUACAUUUCGAGAACAAAGACGGCGGUUUCUUCCUGAAACAGACGCCUCGUCCGUUUUUUCCCGGCCACGCCGGAUUUAUCCGGCGCGACAAACUCCGGGCUGCCGCUGUCGACUGAUCGGUUUACUGUUUUCCAAAGCGCUCAACCGAUUUCGGUUCGAGCCACCUAUGGCCCCUUUAGCACCAAGCAAACUGUGCCGGCCAGAUACGUGGUGCCUGAUCCUCUUCCUCUUAAUACGUCGGGACCAGCCAUCGAUCUACAGGACCAAGCCACUCAUCAUCUGGACAUGUCGGCUCAUAUAGUUAGAGAUGAAGUACCGAGGGAUUCCCCAGUCCUCAGGGUUCUUUUUCAUACAGGAACUGACCCCGGUGGUCGUAGACAGAUGCUGUUGGCUAGGCACCACCAAAGAGUUUGCAUUGUUUUGCAUGCCACCAUGGGCACCACUAGGUCUUUGCAUGCCGCGUGCAGCCCUGAUGGGGAGGAUGGAGUCUGUCUUGCACAGGACGGCCGCCCCGGAAAAGUCCCGAAAUCCCCCCAAAAGAUAGUCCAAGUCGCCUACUCCGUUCUGGAACCUUGGCCGGAUGAGGGAGAAGGUUGCCACCCUAAAAUGCAGGUGCAACCCUCGGUUACCCUGGGUAACGUGAUUUUGGUGCCGGCUAAAGGUGCUUACAAAGAGUUGAAAUUAACCGAUGCCAUCACGAUGUUGGUGCCGCACCCACCUCUAUUUCCGAUGUCCAGGAUGCAUAUACCGGUGUUUAUUGAUAGGCAGAGGGCCAAACUGUUGACUGCUAUCGUCAUAAGGGCGCGUGUUAAGAACGGGGUUCGUCUGCUGGAGGCGGGCGGAGGAGCCGGCGCGACUUCGUGGAACGUCACCGUCGACAUCAACCCCAGACACACCGGAGCCACCGUCACCCUCGUUAGAAAGGAGCCGCCCGACGCCGAGGAGGACAUCCCUGCCGGAGAUGUAAUUUCAUGUGAAAUAUGUGCCCCAGAAAGGCUUUCCAAAGUGGACGCGUGGGUCCAUAAGACCCACUACAGCAGAGGUGAGGCUUUCCAAGACAAGGAUUUUUACACGUUGGACUCUUAUAAGGAAAUCGACGUAACCAAAGCAAAUGUGACCGUUUUGUGCGAAAAUAUGAUCAAGUCUUUUUCAAUACUGGAAUCCCUGUCGCUGAUUGGCAUAGGGUUGGAAUCCAUUGAAAACAACGCCUUCCACAGGAUGCCAAAGUUAAAGGUUUUAUCUCUAUCGGUGAAUAAUAUGGAUAAAGUUAGGAAGGGAGCCUUCGACAAUCUACCAUCGCUAAAAACCUUAUAUUUAUCGAAAAACAAAAUCGAUUACGUCGAAGAAGACGCGUUCUCCAACUACAAAGAACUGGAAGCAGUUCAUUUGGAUAGAAACCAAAUUGCUAGCAUUAACGGUAACUCAUUUAGAGGCUGCCCUAAACUACGUAAAAUCGACUUCAGCUUCAACCUAAUCCACAAAAUUCUGGACACUUCGUUCGAAGAUUUAAGACCGCUGCACAAUAAUUUACUCAACAUAAAACUGACCAACAACCGGAUGUCUUACUUUAGUGCUGCAUCCUUGGGCGAUUUGCCACCUGUGGAAUUACAUCUGGAAAACAACGCGUUAAAAUCAUUGGACGAUAUUUAUUUCUCCUCCAAAGAACGCAGCAAGCUUUAUUUUACCAAUAACGCCAUUACUUGUAUUAGUGAAGAUAUAGCGCAUACUAUCAAAGGAGAUAAAAAGUUUGUAAACGCUAAAAAUAAUCCUUUAGAAUGUGAUUGCACGAACAAACUUGAAAGCAUUUUGACAAACAACAUCCUAAGCAAACCAAAAACAACGUUAAACUUCAAAUCGAGAAGAUUCCCUUUGAACUUCGAGAGUGGUUUUGGAGAACCUUUAAGAAAUUGGGAACUGCUAAAUACAGCCGUUCUUACUGGUCAGCAAGUUUCGCAGGCGAUGAAAGUUUUCAUUGUAUCGCAAGCGGGAAAAGCGGCAGAUGUAACUUUCCAAGCUUCUUGUCACUCUGAAGAUGACAGCGUACUUAAGGUUUCUUCUUCGUGUGGUUCGGUGUAUGUCGAUGGUAGUGAGGCACGUGGUUCAGUUAAUGGUUCCGUGUUGGUAAAAUAUGGUACUUACACAAGUUUGGCAAGAUUUACAGUCUGGAUGCCGGAAUUUCCUUUGGAUUUGCAGGUUGCUGAUACCAGACUUUCUCAGUUGAAGUCUUGGAGGGUUCCUGAUUAUCACCCAAGUGUGACAAAAACAAGAAGGAAAAAACGUUCGUACGGAAACACCUGGUCCGGAAACUCGGACGACCUGGGAAACGUGGUGGAAAAGCCUGCGUGUCGUCUAAGAUACCAGCAAACUCCGGUUGACGUCUACGCUCACUUUAUGGCCACCGAUCACGAAUCCGGCCGGAUAAGAAGGAGCACUGGGCGUACAGAAAUCCAAGUACUAUCGCCAAUCACAAGCCGGGUAUACGGAGCCAAAGAAAUCAGGGUAGGCAACGAUAAAGUGGGGUUAUCCCGCCUUCUAGUCCAAGUGGUAUCCGGUUUGCAACUUAACAUCUCGCCUGACAGCUCCGUUGAAAACGGAUACAUAGCCGAAACGAGCGUCACCAGAAAGUUAACCGCGCAAUACCAAGAAGGGUUGCUGGACAUAGAGCUGGAGUUUUCGGAUGGAAGUAAAACACCUCUGCGCGAUAUAGCGGAUACGGAUUAUCAUUUGGUGGUGGAGAGCUUGGAUCCUGAAGUCGUCGCGUUUGCGCCGAUGGUGGCCAGUCAUCAUCCCAGAGUCAUAGCUGUUGGUGAAGGAAGUGGUGACUUACUCCAGGUAACACUAUUGCUAGCUGAAGAGUGUCGGUUGAGUACGAGACCGAAAGGCAAACCUGCAGGCCCUCUGGCGACUGCAGCCGCGACUAUAACUGUGGAUUACAGCAGCAGCGACUUGUCUCAUAGACCGGAUAUUCUGCAGAAUGACGGAGGUAGUUACGGGGGUGGUAAAGGAUUUUUGGAUUUAGCGGAUAUUCUUAAGGGUAAUUCGAUGAAAGAAGAGAACUCUGUGGAACCAAACGUACAGGCGAGGCAAUAUCAAGGCGGCAAAGGUAUGAGGAGACACUCUAACGCUCAUAUGACUCCUUUGGAAAUCAGCAUGUACGUUCUCCUGGCCGCUUUCUGCUGUGCUAUAGUGGUAUUUGUUAUAUCCUGUGUGGUUUAUGCCUCCAAAUAUAAGGCCAUAGAUCCUGAAGUUACCGCCGGUAUGCGCAUUACUACCAACCCCCUAAACCAAAACUACGUCGAUCCAGACGAUUGCUUGGCGACCAGCUUCAGCAAUCCGAACCACAUCGAGUUACCGUCGAAGACGGCGGCGACGACGACGACGAAUAACAACGGCAACAGCGCACGUCAAAUUGACAGCUCCACUUACUGUAAGAGCAAACCUAACGGUGGCGGACUUGUGGUUACUAAUAACACUAACGAUAACGAUGAAAUGCGAGUUUGGAAUAAGCCCACUCCUCCACCGCCUUUGCCUCCCCAUGGCGUUCAAUCGGUCCAAGAAGCACCAAGGACCCAGUCUUUAAUUGUUGAUGUCGAACCUGAAGAUUAUAGACCACCUGUUCCACCGCAUCGAAAUAUUGGAGUUAGCGCUUCGAACUUUGUUGAAGCUGCACCGCCAAGAAGAAACAGAAAUAGAAAUCAAGAAAAACCUCAAUACAGACCAUCGUCAAUUGACUACAACAAGGCGUCCGACUUUCCCAGACCAACGAGCGAUAUUAUAAAAGACGGCGAUGAAAACUUACGAAGCGUGUUCGAAUUUGACGACGAUCCGAGCGAGCAAGAACCCGAGGAAGCCCCGAUGGAGUUUGUGCAGUACCCCAAAUCACCCAAUGCAAAUAAAAGGAAUAGUGCAGAAGUUAAAAGAGCCACAAUAGUGGGCAACCCAAUGUUCAGUGCCUCGGAUAACGUAACUGAACCGACAAAUGUCCAGGAUCUUCCCGGCUUAGACGACUUGCAAUUGGAUAUGGAUUAUGAUCAAAUUAUGAAUUAUUUUGAGAACUUGAAGGAGUCAAAUGCCUGAGUAGAAGAGAUCAUUGCAAAGAUCCGCGACAUCCUGCUUUCGUUUAGCGAACAAUACAGGGCGGCCGCUUUAAACAACGGCAACAUCGCGAGUCCCGAUCCAACCCGAAACGUCAACCAGAGUUUCGACUAUUUCUUUGACCAUCUUAGCGAAUCGUACGCUUGAAAAUGAAACGGUCAAUUAAUAACAAUAAACAAGAAAAAAUUGUCGGUUUUUCGCGGAAAAAGCGACCAUUUUUCAGCAUCAAUCAUGUAUACCCAUUAUAUGUAAACUCUAGAUUUCGAAGUUGUAAGAUUCAUUGGGGCUUAGUUAGUUGGAUAAAUAGGCCUCAAUAAGUCGGUAUUAUUAAUAAUGCAAUCGCAAGACUGACUGUUUAGUUACUUUAAAGUUCCAUAAUUUGUUUUUGCUUUCAGCCUUUAAAGUAGGUAUCUAAUAGCAACUUGUAAAAUAUAAACUAUAUCCUAGGAAAAUAAAAACGUUGCUUUUACACUUCAUACUAACUG